AUGCAAGACUACCAUCACCGAUAUCCCAUCUUAGAAAACGGCACCCGGCCAACUUUUGUUCAGAGGGGUUGGAGCUCUAUGCGAAGCGAUUUUCAGAGCCUCACAGACACCAGUGAGUUAACCUCUGUGCAGAGGCCUGCUUUCGAUUCGCUUGCUACUUGCAAUAAUCUCACAGUACCUACUCCCAGGGCUACUGUGGGUGCCAAUAUAGGAGUGCCUGUGUUAAAUACGGUAGCAGAACCAAUGUCUACAAGUGCUACCAUGUUGGCAGCCGCGAAAACUAUGGAGAUGAAGCGAGGACCAGACGAUACGUUAAUGAGCAGACCAAGUAGCUUGCAUCUAGCCGUGCUGGACGUUGGUUGGAGAGACAUGCAUAUUCGAGGUGGCGAGGAAGCAACAAAGUCGAACGAGCCGAGUGUCCCGACCGUGUCAGAUGUGAAUAAACGACCAGGCGGCUAUACUGGUGCGUGGCCUCAAAAUACGUCGGGCACUUGCUUCAGGUGUGCAAAUCGUGCCAGGAGUUGA